AGAAAGCUUGAAUAGGUAGGUAAAUCAAUGGCGUAUCAAUCAAGAACUCGAAAAAGGGUCAAUGCAUUGCGUCGUGCUCCUGAUGGCAGUGCCUUUCGAACUUGUGAAAGUUGUGGAGUUUCUGUAGCGAUUGCUCUGGUGGAUAUGCAUGAAUGUGAAUCCCAAAAGGAUGUGAAGAGAUUGAAAGUGGAAAAGGAGAAGCAUCAGAUUAAGGUAGAACUGAGGUUUCAAGAUCAACCCAGAUCAGAAUUCCGAUUCUUCAUGGAAAGCUUUAUGAAUAGCUGUGACAUUAAAAAUCUGAUUGAAAUGGAUCGAAAAGGGUUUGAAACCUGGAAAAACAUGUCUUCGCAGGAAAAACUACCAUACAAACUUCAUGCCAAGACGGUGAAUGAUGCUUAUGACAAAAAGCUACUUAAAGAAUCGGAGGAUCAAAUGUAUUUAUGUGUUGAUGAGGAGGUGGAUUCUGCAGAGGUUGGGAAAUUUGACCAGUUGCAGACAAAUGGAUUCUAUGACUAUGAUGAUUCAGACUCUUAUGAUUCUGAUUAAGGGACAUGGAAGGUUAAUUAUCUGUGGUAAUGGUGGAAUAGCGGUUGCGGUUGCGACAGGCAAGUCAUUUUGGCUAUUGUAUAGUUUAAACGAAUCUUUGUUAUGUAAUUACUAGCAAAAUUUGGUCGUUUUCGGUGUAAUUAUGAGAUUUUUAGAGAAAAUCUUUUAAGAUUUCAA